GAAUUCCAGAGUGCGCACUGUGUUUACUUCCUUCAAUAUUUCCAACACGGCAGUCAGAGGACAAGAAGCAGAAGCUGAAGAGACAACAAAUAAAGCAGUCGCUAAAGUUGCAGCGACCAUCUCUGCUCACUUCCCCCCGGCUAAAAUGCCUUUCCUGGGCAAGGACUGGAGGUCACCUGGAUGGAGCUGGAAAAAGACAGAUGAUGGCUGGAAAAGGAUUAUCUUCUAUGGACAUGAGUUGGAAGAUAACAACAAAGAAAUAGACUUGAAAGCGCUCUGCAGUGACAACAAAGAGAAUGUGUUUGUUGGGGAAGUGUGUGAGCUCGCCAGCACAAAGAGGAAAAAGGACCUCUACAACAAUAACACCAAAUCUCAGUUUGUUUUCACAGAUAAAUGGAUAUAUGUGCAGAAAGGCAGCACGAAAGAGCGACAUGGAUACUGCACGCUUGGUGAAGCCCUCAACCGUCUAGACUUUUCCAGUGCCAUUCAGGACUUAAGUAGAUUCAACUAUGUUGCAAAACUUUUCCAGCUUAUAGCCAGGUCUCAGCUGCGCAAUUUGAGUGGAGCUGCUCAGAAAAACUAUUUUAAUAUACUGGAGAAGAUUGUACGAAAGGUUCUAGACGACCACUACAACCCGCGCCUUGUGAAGGAUUUGCUGCAGGACCUGAGCUCGACACUGCACAGUCUGGCCAUUCAUGUCGGCAGGUGUGUCCUCGUGGGAAACGUCAACAUCUGGUUGUGCAGACUAAAGACCAUUCACGAAUGGAAGCAGCAGCUCAACAACCUGCACAUCCCUAAGCAAAUUUGCAAUGGCGUGUCAUUCAACGAAUUGCCGCUACACACACAAAACGACAUCCUCUGCAAGUUAUCUGAUGCCUGUGACAUCAUUAACCUGGGACAGGCCACGCCUACUCUGCAGAGCCUCAGUGAGAGCAGCAUCCUGUGGAAGAAACUCUGCCACUUCCACUUCUCAGACAAACAGUUCUGUAAGAAUUUGGUCCUAUCCAAAAGUGAUCAUGUGGACUGGAAGCUGAUGUAUUUCACCUUGAGGAAACAUUAUCCAAUGAGGGAGCAGUACGGCGACACCCUGCACUUCUGCAAACACUGUAGCAUCCUCUUCUGGCAGGACUGUGGCCAUCCGUGCACAGCCAUCGAUCCGGACAGCUGCCUCAUGCCCAUUUCUCCGCAGCACUUUAUCGAACUCUUCCAGUUCUAAACCCUCCAUGUUUAUCUUCAAGCGAAGCGUCCGUUUACACGAGACUCUUAUGUCAUUUACCGAAAUACAAAGGGCUUAAACUGAAAGAGAUUACUUGUUUAUGUCUUCAUUUCUUUACGCACAAGGGUUUCCACUAGAAAUAUUAAAUGUGUAAUAUUGGUGAAAUAUUCCUCCUGCUGCACAAAUGUUUUGUCUUCUUGGCUAACAAAAUCUGUUCUUCAUUGAGGAAAGACAAAAUAAAAUGUCAAUGUAAGGUGAAAAUGUGAAAGAUUUAUAUGUAAAAGGAGUUGUAGCAUGUUUAUGGUAGGUAAGUGGUUAUAUGUAAUGUUUAAGAGUUUUUUUAAGUUGUCAACAUUUAUAUUGAGGCAGAGUAAGAUGACUCGUGUUCAUUGUUCGUUUAGUGUGGUUAAACUAAGCUGCUUUUUACUCUGUACUGUUUUGGUGGUAUUGUUCUGCAAUAACUGAACGCAUGUCUGUUUACAUACGGUAUGUUGUCCUCAGUGAAUUCUUUUUGUGCUCUUUGUACAUUGAAGGAAAAAAUAUGUAAAACUCCAUUAGCUAGACAUGUUUUUACUGCGUACUUUUGCCAGAGAAAAUGUUAAACAUUAUUUAUGAAAGAAAACAUUUUUUAACUUUCUUCCAACUUUUGUAAUCAUUAUUUAACGUCUCAAUACUUACUUGGGACAGGAUUGAACUUGCUAUAAAUAAUUAAAUAUUUCUAAAAACAUGUUUCUGGGCGGGGAAUUAUUUUUUACGAUCUUCAUUUAGUUUUAACUGUAGUUUCCACUCCAUGGAUAUUAAUGUUUUGCUACCUUAAAAAGCAAUGAAAAUAGUUUGUCAUUGACCAUUGGAGCAAUAUUUCAUGCUUAAUAG